AUGGCUUUUUCUUACCUCUUCCAUGGAGUUGACAGGAUUAAUAGGGCUUGGUUCAAAAUAACCAAUAACCCAACUUUGAAGGGCAGGCAGACCCAGGUUCUUAAAACCCCUCAGAGUCGAAAGGGUAAAGACCACAGGGAUGUGAAGCUUAGUAAUUGUUGGACAGUGGCGGGAGAGGGAGCCAAGAGAUACGGCUGGGAUGACGCUGACGCCGAAAAAUGGGAAAUGGAGCUGCUCCAAAUUCUUGAGACAGGAUCCCAUUUCCUCGAAGAAGUCGAGUCGUCUUGA